UAUAACGCUGCGAGGAUGAAGUUAAACCCUUACCUCUAUCAUAGGUCAACCAUCAGACCUGUUUUAUGCAUAAAAUGUAGACUAUAGUUUUGGACAAAUCUGUAGUGUCUUGCAGCAGCUAGGGACAAAGAUCUGAAUUCGAAGUGGGGCAGUGUGACUGUGAAGUCAUCAUGAAAGUCAGCCAUUCUGCCGAUCUACCCCUAAUAACUCUUCCAAAUAGCGCCCUCACCGGCGUCCAACUCACCAAUGACAAGGACUAUGCCAAGUUCACGUCAUAUGAAGCGCGUAUCCCGGCCGAGACUACCGUUGCGCUGAGAUCCCCAGACAGCGAGCAAAGCGUCCACAUCUAUUACUGCAUUAGCGGGAAGGGGAAAUGCGUCGAGGCUGGCGGUCAAAACCAACGGGAGAUUUGCCCUGACACUGUGGUGGCGCUCUCUUCGAACGUCACCUAUGAGUUGACAGUGUCAGCAGAGGGCGGCAUGCGUCUGUUCGUAGUCUACUAUCCAGACACCCAGGUGGCCUACCGAUCGCUUGCAGUGGUGCGAAGUCUGUCGGAGGUGAUUGGCACUGACAGGGAUAUCGAAUGGGGAGGCGGCCACAGCCGGCGAUAUCUCAUCAAACAAGAUGGCUUCCCUCUGGGUAUUCACAACACCUGGGCUUAUCCGAAGACAUCUUCCCGCUUGGGCUACAUGAAUCACAUCGAGGGUGCGUACUACAUAGCAGGAAAGGUAACCUACCAGUGGCAGGAUACCAGUGGCGAGUGGGUUCAUGCCACGACGAAAACAGACGGCGAGAACGGCACCAAUUACCUCAUGAAUAUUCAUGACUGUCACGUGGUCAAAGUCCAUGACGAAGAUGCCUUCUGCAUCUGUAUCUUUGAUCCUGUUCUGACAGGGGAUGAGAAUCACCGACAAACAGAAGGCGGUUAUUCCGGAUACAAGUCAUGAAACUGGAUCAGGAACCAACAACAUCAGUAGCUAUAGCGGAAUGCAAUAAUUAGCCUUAAAAAAAAAGACCUAGACCCUAAUAUAACGAUAGCCAAAGGUAGCAUAUUUUGCUUCACGACGAUUCAUGGUGUUCAAAAAGAGCAAUUUGCAGCAUCUCUUGAAUCCUAUACAGAGCCAGGAUUUUACCUUGUAAUCCUCCCGGCCAUCUCACUAGCUGGCUCGGCAUGAAGUGAAUGGAAUUCGGCGCUUAGUAGGUCAUUGUCGAGGCUGUGUCGGAUCAUCGAACGACACAUCCAAAUUCACUGUGCCCAUUUAACCGUCAAUUUUAAUCUUAAAAACCGUCAAAGUAAUAUGGAAGUUGAGAUUUGAAGGUUAAUAUAAAAGUUCUUUUAUUAUUAGAUUAUCGUGUGUUCUGACAGAAAUCAUAACUAAUCAGGCCCGACUGUGAAAUUUGAUAAUUUUAUAUAAUUAUAUAAAUUUAAUAAUAAUUAUUUCAUAUUUGAUAUUUCAAAUUUCAAGACUUAUGUCACAAGCAUGCGGGAAAUCUAUCAGGAAAAGGGUCAACUGUGCUUCUUCUACUUUCCGCUAUUCAUGGGCUUAAUUCUUCUGCUGAGGCUGAUAAUGAAUGUACCAAGAAGGCCUAGUACAUGGAAUUGAAGGAUUGUUUUAAAAAUGUAAUCACAACCAUGCAUGGUUUGUUUGUUUCAUGUUUGUCGUCGCUAUAAAGCAUGGAGGUAGAAAGCGCAUUUCAAUACAUGUACUUAGGAAUUUAUACG